AUGUCCCCGUAUUAUCAUGCAGUACCAAGAGUUCUGGAGUGUGGUUGUUGUCUGAUCGGAGGAGUCAAGUUCGUGGAGUUCCUGUGCCAAAAUGUUGGCGUCAGCGCCGGGACGUUCUGCAUCGUCCCCAAAAACCAGUGGCCAGCCUCCAACCUGAGGUGUCUGGCGAGAACUCACUUCUCUGAGCAGCCACCCUUUGCGAUCAGCCCGUCUCUUUUCGUGCUGCAGCCAGGAGAGGUCACUGUAGUGGAGGUUGUUUUUUUCCCCACCGCUGCUGAGAAGAGCUGUGAGAUGUUCACCAUAGUGUGUGAUAACUGUCAGGUGAAAGACAUUUCCAUUGAAGGUGAGGGCCAGCUGAUUGCUCUGGAGCUUGUGUCUGUUUCUGGGAGGAAGGAGCCCCCGGUGGUGGGAGAGGUGCACGACCUCACCGCAGAGCACUUAGUCCGAUUCAGCCCCUGUAACCCUCACUCUGUGCAGGAGAAGAGACUCAUCAUCAGGAACAACGUCCACCUGGAGCUGCCCUUCCACUGGCAGACCAUGAAGCCCAACCUGCACCCUCAGCUCCCGGGGGAAACUCCAGAGCCCAAACACAUCCAGUUCCACCCGACCACAGACGGUGUUUUCCACGUCACCCCGAUAACUGGCGUUCUUCCCCCCUGUCAGGAGCAAGAGUUUCUGUUCACCUUCUGCCCUAAAGAGUCUCACGGCAUUUCGUGUUCACCAACACCAAAUAUGCGCAAAUAUGAUCAUAUCACCCCCAUCCUGAAAUCACUACACUGGCUCCCCGUGGAAUUGAGGAUCGAAUUCAAGGUCUCCGUCCUCACACACCAGUGUAUCUAUGGUACAGCCCCUCCAUACCUCAAGGAACUCCUCACCCCCCUUACCUCCGUGCGGACCAACCGCUCCAGCAACUCAAACCUCCUCAAACCCCCGAGGACUAAGCUCCGUACCAUGGGAGACCGGGCCUUCUGCUCGGCUGCCCCCAGUCUGUGGAACGCUCUCCCCGACCACAUGAGAGCAUCACAGACCGUGGAGAGCUUCAGUUUUUGA